GUGAAAGAAGAGGAGGCCGAGAAAGAAGAGGAUGAAGUUUAUGGAGUGAAAGAGGAGGAUGGGGAGAUGACCUUAACAUCCAUAAAGGAGGAGGAGGAAACUGGAUAUCUGGGCCCGGUUUCCCAAAGGCAUCUUAAGGCCAGUGGUUCUAACGAUGAAUUUAACCAUAAGGUGGUUUUUGGAAACCGGGGCCUGGUUAAUACUAGAGAGAGACUUGAUUAUCUCGGGUCCUCUGGGAGGUCUACAGAAGAGAGACGUGACUACUGUGGGUCCUCUGGGGAGUCUCAACAACAUCAUGAAGCUGACAAGGCAGAUCAGAGUCUCUCCAAAUCAGAACACCUCAAGAAACACCAACAGAGACCCACCGGGAAGAAAUGUCAUUGCUGCUCUGACUGUGGGAAGAGAUUCAACUCUUCAGGAGACCUUAAAAUACAUCAAAGAAUUCACACUGGAGAGACAUCUUUUGGCUGUGAUCAAUGUGGGAAGAGAUUUACUGAUUCAAGCAGCCUGAAAUCACACCAAAAAACACACACAGGCGAUAAAUCCUAUAGCUGUUAUCAAUGUGGGAAAAGUUGUACUACAUCUAGCCAUCUAAUUGUACACCAGAGAACACACACAGGAGAGAAACCUUUUAGCUGUGAUCAAUGUGGGAAGAAAUUUACUGUGUCAAACUCCUUGAUGGUGCACCAGAGAAUACACACAGGAAAGAAACCUUAUAGCUGUAGUCAAUGUGGGAAGAGUUUUACUCAACCAGAAAGCCUGAUUGUGCACCAGAGAAUACACACAGGAGAGAAACCUUAUAUCUGUUAUCAAUGUGGGAAAAGUUGUACGACAUCUAGCCAUCUAAUUGUACACCAGAGAACACACACAGGAGAGAAACCUUUUAGCUGUAGUCAAUGUGGGAAGAGUUUUGGUACAUCUAGCCAUCUAAUUGUACACCACCGAACACACACAGGAGAGAAACCUUUUAGCUGUAGUCAAUGUGGGAAGAGUUUUAGUCAAUCUAGUGAUCUGACAGUACACCAGAGAACACACACAGGAGAGAAACCUUAUAGCUGUGGUCAAUGUGGGAAGAGUUUUGUUCAAUCUGGCCAUCUGACAGUGCACCAGAGAACACACACAGGAGAGAAACCUUAUAGCUGUGGUCAAUGUGGGAAGAGUUUUAGUACAUCUGGGUAUCUGGCUAUACACCAGAGAACACACACAGGGGGGAAACUUUAUAGCUGUCAUAAAUGUGACAAGAAAUUCUCAGAUAAAAGACUUCUGAUCAAACAUCAGAAAAUACAUACAUGAAGCAAUUGUUUCAUGAAAUCAAUGAAAUAUCCCACCUAGCAAAAUGAAAUUGAAAAGACAUUGAAAAGAAGACUAGUUGAAAGUUAAAAAUAUGUAUUUUCUGUGUUUUUUCUUAAUGACUUGAAAACUACUUAAUUUUAACGUACUUGCAGCCUAUACACAUGGACGCAGUAUGAUAAAUUAGUCUGUUAUCAAUUUUAUUAACAAUCUGACAUCACUCCAGUAUUUCUUUACAACAUUCAAAUUCUAAUUGUCUUUAUUCCACUGCUGAAGAAGCAUGACUCACAUCACCUCAUCUUUCAAACAUUCAGCCUGACAAAAGAUACAUAUUUUAUUAUUCCAUGCCUCACCAUUAAGUGAAUUAUUGCCAAUACAUAUUAACAAAGGGGUAGUACAUUUUGGUUUUGAUAUACUUACAUUUCUUGUAACCGUUAGUAAUCAUAAUUAUUUAUGCAACCAACUGACUAUUUUGGGUACAAUUAUAUUGACAUUGUUGCACUGCUUUUAGAAUAUCAGGGAUAAUUCUCACAUGUGCCAACCCAAAUGUACUAGAGCAUGACAUUGGGGACUGGGCCCCCAAUCCUAUAACAUGCCUAUCGAGUGAACCCUGAAAAGAGAAAGAAGAUCCGCAGUGAGGGGGAAAGUUACUACGGAUAUUAAGGAGCUAGUUCUAGAAGCUAGUGAGUUUUAGGAUUCUAUAGAAAGAAAAAGGAGAAAAUAUAUUAUUUUAUUAUGUUAUUUAGAAGUGUUUUUUCUUGUUUUUUAUUGUUGACAGCCAGUAGACACCAUGUUUAUAUUGGUGAUGUCACGUUCUGUCCAUCGUUUGUAUGUGUUU